CCGCCGGAUCAUCCCUACGUGCGAACGCCGUACGCAUAUUCAGCGCUGGUACAGCUCUAUGCGAGAUCACGCCAACUGGACUCCGCGAGUGUACGGUUUGCCCGUAUGGGAGACAUAUCACCGUGGUGCCAGUUUGGGUGUGAGUGUCUGGAAACGCCGCAUCAUCUAUUUGUCAAGUGUCCUCAUACAACUUCCAUGCUUCUUUUUGAAGCAAAAACCACUGUUCAAACAACGGAUGUUUAUCUACACUCCACACGGCGCUUGUUCGUCGACGAUGCUUCGGUGUGGCCUUUGCGCGAGACUCGCUAUUACUUAGGAACUGUACCUGCGAUUCAAACACCUGAUCAAAUAUCCAGUGUGUUGGCGACAAAAAUUGCGCACGUAUGGCACGGUGCAAGUAUUCGUUUGGCAGGGCAAAUUUGGGGGAUG